CCUUGAAAUGCGUGGUCUUGACAAGAGAUCUCCAUUUAGCUGGCGUAAGUCUGGCGGCAAGCCAAAAGCGGUUGUUACCUCGACAAAGACCUCUGGAUCAACCAUGACCGCCGGACCGCACUCGGCACAGGCGACUAGCACCAAGAGUAAGGGUCAAUUGGGUUGGCUCACCAACCAUUUUAAGGGACAUGCAACCACACCUGGUCACAGCAGUGCCACUGCCGCCGCCGUGCCGUAUCCUGGAGGAAAUCACGUUAUUCCUGGCAGUCCUGCUGAUACUGGCCUCCAACCUGCUACACACAAUGGCCCCCAGUCGAACCAGCACAACAGCCCGAGCUUCGAGCAUGGCAACAAAUUUCCAGUUCCGCCAUCCGGUUUGGACCAGACCGACAGCGAACCAUACGCCGGCGAGCAGCACACUGCUGAGAGCAAUUACCAAGCACAGCCUGGUACUCAAGUCAACGAGCCGUCCAACGUCUUCCCCAAGAACAGUUUCGAGAAUACACCACAGCACCAAGACCAAGCCAUCGACAGCACUCAAUCAGAGCCUGCCAUUUCGCCAAACGCCGAGCCACAGACACAGACACAGAGCAACGACGAGUAUCAACCCCAGUCCAAUGAUCCGAACGCAAGUUACGAGGCAGACGAACAGGAUCCCAAUAGCCUGAGUGUCCCUCCAAAACGCAUUGAUUCGGGCUAUGAGAGCUCCAAAGCGAAGUUCAUCCGAGACGCCAGUGAGGAGGACUACGAUGAAGAUGCGGAUGUCUUGAAUGGAGCUUAUUCGGAGGAUUUCUGAGCAGUCCUAGGCAGGACUCGAAAAGAUCUCUCCUUUCCCAUAAUAUCCGAGACGCGGGCGUAAAAACUCACCCGAAGCUGGGACGUUUUCUAGGAUGUCAUGAAUCCUCAGAUGAAGUCUGCUGUCCGGCUGCGCAAAGGCUGCAGGGUUCAGAUACCAUUACAUCCCGGCCGUCGGGACAUAUGCUGCCCGAAGAAGCACAAGAUCGAAGCAUGAUGGCAAACUAUCACCAGUCGCGAGAAGGGCAAGGUCUCUGCAUACGGCUCAUACUUGGUUUGGGUUUAUGACAUUCUACUGAUCGAUUCUGGCUCAUACUGCUUUUUGUGAUGCACAUGGUUUGGAGUUGGGAGUUGUUACUAUGCUACGAUGAUUUGCUUUCAAGGACAAACCCCGAUGCAGGUUGGAAUUGCAUGCUCAACACGGACACCAGAUUGACGGAGGAGAAAAUUCGGGAGGGACCAGACUGCCAGAUUUCAGACUUUUCAGUCAUUCUUGUGUGCGGCGAGCGAGUGUUUCUGUACCAAUACGAUGUUUUUGAGCUUUAAUGAAAGUCUUUGGACACUCAGCCAUUUCACCUCGCGUUCCAGCAGUGUUCACUCAAGCGCCACCUUCUCGCUUCGCAUAUUCGUCCUCCAUCCUCUCUUCAAACAGCUUCUCGGCGGCUGCUUCUGCGCUUCCUGGUUGAUUGCUCGUGGUGGUCUCGUUCCUCUGCUGUUCGCUAACUGGUGCGGAUUCCUUGGGCUCGAUGUUGCCGCCCGCGGCUCCACCGACAGCAGUGUUGCUGGUAGAUGGCGUCUCUGUUGCGAGCCCAGCUGAUGUGUGAGGUAGUGAAGCCAUGUCUUCUUACGAUGAAUGUAUGUUUG